AUGUCAUUAUUUAGUCGCACUCUACUGAGACAUAUUACUAAUCUACCAUUAUCAGCAGGAGCUAUCCGUCCAUUUUCAGUAUCAUCCAGUCUAUUUUCAUCAACAUCGACUGUCAAGCCGCCUAGUUCAACUGAUGCUAUCGAUUCAAAAUUAAAACAAACAUUAGACGAUUUUGUAAAACAAAACAAAAUAGCCAUAUUUAUUAAAGGAGAACCUGAAGCACCACGUUGUGGUUUUUCAAAUGCUGUUAUUCAAAUAUUAAAUUUACACGGUUGUCAAUUUAAAUCAAAAGACAUUUUAAGUGACGAACAAUUACGUCAAAAUUUAAAAAUUUACAGCAAUUGGCCAACAUUUCCACAAAUUUAUUUUAACGGUGAAUUUAUUGGUGGUUGCGAUAUUCUAUUGGAUAUGCAUCGAUCUGGUGAACUUGUUCAAGAAUUAAAUAAAAUUGGAAUUAAAUCAAAAUUAGCUGACGUAGAGAAAAAUAAUUCAUCACAAACAUCUAAUUAA